GUUUGGGUGCGAGGUUAGGCGAGCUGCCUGGAGACCGGAAUAGAAACAGGAGGAAGUUUGGGCGAGCGAGUCAUUUGCCAAGAGCAUGAACUUUUACACCAACUGCACCCUGGACCACGGCAUCCACCAGACCAUUGUCCCCUAUGUCUACAUCUUUGUGUUUGUGGUUGGCCUCCCUACCAACCUCCUGUCCCUGUACUAUAGCUUCCUUCAGAUCAAGCAAAAGAACGAGCUGGGUAUCUACCUGUGCAACCUGACCAUCUCGGACCUUCUCUACCUGGCGUCCCUGCCCCUGUGGGUCCAUUACAUGCUCCAACAUGACGACUGGGUUUUGGCUCCCAUCCUGUGUAAGAUCUGUGGUGUCCUCCUCUACGAGAACAUCUACAUCACCAUCGGCUUCCUCUGCUGCAUCUCCGUUAACCGUUUCCUGGCCGUGGUCUACCCGCUUCACUUCAAGUCCCUGCACACCAUGAGAGGGGCAAUGGCCGUCAGCCUCCUGAUCUGGCUCAAGGAGAUCGUGGUGUACUCUGUGUUCCUGCGCUCCCGAGCUCUCUCCAGGGACCAUGACAAUGACUCUCUCUGCUUCGAGCACUACCCCAUGAGGUCCUUGGAAAAGAAAGUCAACGUCUACCGGCUUCUCAUCGGCUUCCUCCUCCCCUUCUUCCUACUGUUCUUUUGCUACAUCAAGGUCCUGCAGACGAUCCAGAAAAGUCCCGGCAUCCGAGGACCUUCCAAGAUCAGGAUCAAACGGCUGGUGUUCAGCACCAUCGUCAUUUUCCUGUGCUGUUUCGGUCCUUACCACGUCUUCCUGAUGGCCCGAACCAUCUUCGAGGUGGACUGCGAGUUUGCCAACGAGAUAUUCGACACCUACCACUUCGGGCUGAUGUUGACCAGCCUCAACUGCGUGGCCGACCCCAUCCUCUACUGCUUUGUGUCCGAGAGCACGCAGAACAGGCUCACCAGGCUCCUCACCCCCAUCAGGAAGUUCUCUGCCUGCACCACCAGGAGGAACUCGCUGGAGCUUGUCGCACCCGUCACCCAGAAAUUCGCCCUCAUGACUUGA